UUUAUUGGUAAAAAUUAUCUUUGACUAAUAUUAAUCAAUAGAAUAUUUUUAGUCUGUGAGCUACAACAAAAACUAGCCUACUUCAAUAUUUAUUGAACAGACUGCAUUCGCAGUAUAUUCGAAGUUUCAUAAGAAUUCUUAAAUUUAAUUACAUACAAAUAUGGCUGGUGAGAAGGCAGUGUCAACGGCGUCCAAGCCCCAAAUGCGUGGUCUCCUCAACUCUGCUAUCAAGCGCAACUUGAUCCUCUCCCUAUCUUUCGCUGCUGUUUGUGGCUUUGCCUUCAAACAGCUCGUUGGUAAUGAACGCAAGAGGAAGUAUGCCGAGUUCUACAGGACAUAUGAUGCUGAGAAGGAGUUUGAGGAGAUGCGUGCGAAGGGACUGUUCCAAUCAUGCUAAAUAUUUAUGUGAUAUAAUGUAGUUCUUACUUUGCUCUGUAAUUAAAAAUGUUAUUUA